AUGUAUUCUGGCACACUCAAUUCUCGGUACUACACCGAUCCUUGUUGCUCGACCACAACCAUUCAAGAUACAAUGUGCGAUACAACUUAUCACUUUGACGGGAUUCAACAGCAUGUUCCAUCAGAUGUCUACGAUCCAAGACGUGUGGAUACCGAUAUGGACUCGCUCAUGCAGACGUUACAGGAAAACCCCGACUUUUUUGAUCCCGCAGCAUAUUGCAUUCCGAUGUCUUCAAUGACUCAAUUUCACAGCACCCAUGAUGCGUACGGUUCAAUUCAGUCACAACAACUCUUCGGCACUAUGCACUAUGAGCCAAGUGGGCGUACUGUUCAAACUCCAUUGUCGAGUCCCGACCCACCGCCUGGGACUACAUCAGUGCAAUUCGAGGAGUUUUCAUUAGCCACUCAGCUGCCAGUGCUCAACAGCUGCAAAGGUACAUAUGCUACAAUUGAACCAACGGCUGCUGCGGUGAACUCGGCGAACUUGCAGAAUAUUGAACCCUAUUCCGCACAGUACUUCUUCACUACUCCUCCAGACACUCCACCUGGUGCGUUGCCAUUAGCUCCACUAGCGGGUCUGCCUAAUCCGUGUUCCCGUCUACCUUCUUCGAAUUCUGAUCCAACACCAACGAUUCGCAAAUUGUUACAGCAGAAAAAGAAACGGAUGCCGGCAGUGCCCUGUCACGUAAACUCAGUGUGUACGACAUGCAAAACCCGCACGACCUCUCUUUGGCGCCGAAAUCACUUCGGAGAAAUUGAGUGCAACGCUUGCAAUCUCUACUUCCGUAAGAACAACUGCAAGCGUCCAGCAACUCUACGCAAAGAUGAGAUAAUGAAGAGAAAACGGAAGCCAAGAAUCGACUCAUCUCAUUCAGCCGAAGUUGGCAGCUCUGGAAAUGUUGACGCUGGGCAAGCACAACCCGCACAAAAACUGUUUCCGUUCACAUAA